GGGAACAGAUGGGGUAAACUAAAUGUUGUUAGUAUUUUUGGAAUAGAGGGAGUAAAUUGUUGUUCUAACAAGGUUGAGGGUUCAAUUGGCAACUGUCAUUAAGGCUAUUCUCUUCAAUUUUGACUCAAUUGAUCCAUAACUUGGGGAAAAAGCCAACUCUAACCAAAUCUGAGGCUUAAUAUAGACAACCCGGCCAAGUUCCUGACGGACCCGACCGAUUCACAAUCGUCUCCCGCUACUCCAGUCUACUUGUUCAUUCAGAUAACACAAGAUGUCACGAAGAUAUGAUAGCCGUACAACAAUAUUCUCCCCAGAAGGUCGUCUAUACCAGGUUGAGUAUGCAAUGGAGGCCAUUGGCAAUGCGGGAAGUGCAAUUGGAAUUUUGUCCAAAGACGGGGUUGUAUUGGUAGGUGAAAAGAAAGUCACUUCCAAGCUUCUUCAGACUUCAACAUCAACUGAAAAGAUGUACAAGAUUGAUGACCAUGUUGCAUGCGCUGUGGCUGGUAUCAUGUCUGAUGCCAAUAUUCUGAUUAACACAGCCAGGGUUCAAGCUCAGCGUUAUACUUAUGCUUAUCAAGAGCCCAUGCCUGUUGAACAGCUAGUCCAGUCACUCUGUGAUACGAAGCAAGGGUACACUCAGUUUGGCGGGCUCCGUCCUUUUGGGGUUUCAUUUCUUUUUGCUGGCUGGGAUAAAAACUACGGUUUCCAGCUUUAUAUGAGUGACCCAAGUGGAAAUUAUGGUGGAUGGAAAGCUGCUGCAAUCGGAGCCAAUAACCAGGCAGCCCAGUCAAUGCUAAAGCAGGACUACAAGGAUGAUAUGAAUAGAGAGGAAGCAAUUCAGCUUGUUCUUAAGGUGCUUAGUAAGACUAUGGAUAGCACAAGCCUGACUUCGGAGAAGCUUGAGCUGGCUGAGGUCUUUUUAUCCAAUGGGAAAGUCAAGUACCAAGUGUACUCCCCAGAAGCACUGAAUAAGUUGUUAGUAGAUUCUGGAUUAACUCAACCUGUGGCAGAGGCUUAAGACAACUAUGCAGUUCGUUUGGGAAUUUGGUUGGAACUUUAGCGUUUGCAACUUUAUGGUGUUUUGUAAUCGUUAAAGAUGGGAUUUCUCGCUUAAUUUAAUCACUUUUUGUGUUACAUGCUAGAACUUCAAGAUUUCUGACUGAUUAGCGUCCAAUGUGCAUCAACUUUGGUUUAAAUCUUGAAUUUUCCCUGAUUGUUAGCAUUUCACAUCUGGUUCCAAUCUAGAAUUUUGCCUGUUUGUUAACAUUUUAAUUCUGUAUAAUUUCUAGGAUAUGGAAAAGUCGCAGAUGUUUGUCAUCUUCAUAGACCCUCCUAGAAAAUGUGACAGAUGACCGUGCUGCAAAGAAAGACCGCAUUAAAAAGAAAGAUAAUUGCUUUCUUAAUCUUUAUUGAAUCACGAA